AUGGGUCAAGGGUUCUCCCUCGCGACGCCGUCUGUCGGCAACGCGGGCAUCGAUAUCUCGGAACUGAGUGAUGUGCAGUAUGAGAAGAGUAUUGGGAAUGCGAGGUUUAUGAAGACUAUUCGUGGUCGCCACGAGAAUGGUCUAGUCCUUGUCAAAGUCCUUGUCAAGCCAUAUACGGAGGUCAAGCUAGAGAAGUACAAGAAGCAGAUCAUCGAGCAGCAUAGAGCGAUAUCAGACGUCCCUAACGCCCUCGGAUUCCAGCGCAUUAUCGAGACUGAAUCAAACGGUUACCUUGUCCGCCAGUUCCUUUACAGCUCGCUUUACGAUCGACUCAGCACUCGGCCGUUCUUGGAAGAUAUAGAAAAGAAAUGGUUGGCCUUUCAGCUUCUUUGCGCUCUGCGCGAUUGCCAUGCGCGAGAUGUCUACCACGGCGAUAUUAAGGCGCAGAAUGUCCUCGUGACCUCCUGGAACUGGCUCUAUCUAUCGGAUUUCUCGUCCGCGUAUAAGCCUGUUAUGCUGCCCGACGACAACCCGGCUGAUUUCUCGUACUUCUUCGAUACGUCAGGCCGCCGCACAUGUUAUAUUGCUCCCGAACGUUUCUUUGCUUCUGGAGAGGCACCGCCGCAGAAGGCAAAGAUGACAUGGGCAAUGGACAUCUUCAGUGCUGGUUGUGUAAUUGCGCAAAUGUUCUUGGAAUCGGAAAUCUUUAGUCUCGCUCAGUUGUAUAAGUAUCGUCGGGGCGAGUACGAUCCUGUUAUUACACAUUUGAGUGUCAUCGCAGAUAAAGAUAUCGCCGACAUGAUAGCACACAUGAUUCAGCUCGAUCCGGAGAAGCGAUACUCAGCGGAACAAUACCUGGAUUUUUGGAAGGGCAAAGUGUUUCCGCAUUACUUCUACAAUUUUCUGCAUCAGUAUAUGGGACUCAUAACCGAUCCCUCGUCGGGAAACAACCCUAUGUCAGGUGCUUCAAAGAACCUUGGAGAAGCCGAUGAUCGAAUCGACCGCGUGUUCUACGACUUUGAUAAGAUUUCAUACUUCCUCGGAUAUCAGCUCGAGAAGCGAACCUCUGAGGAACUAGUACCAUCUUCAAGGCUGAGCCUUUCACAUUUCCCUGUACGGCUGAAUAUUCCCAACCACAGUCAUACAGUGUCAUCUGCUCUAGAACCGCCUGAAGACGACGGAACAUUGAUAUUCUUGACACUGAUUGUGUCUCAACUCAGAAAUACUGCUCGUGCAUCUUCCCGGAUUCGAGCAUGCGAUGUACUCCUUGCCUUCUCCGAAAGGUUGACUGAUGAGGCCAAGUUAGACAGGGUGCUUCCGUAUCUAAUGACUCUUCUUGUCCCGGACGAGACGGAUUUGGUAUUGAUUGCUGCUAUUCGAACCAUCACGCAGCUCCUGGAGCUUGUGAAGAUGGUGACACCCAUCAAUUCUCACGUUCUGGUAGAAUACGUGUUGCCUCGCAUGGAGAUAGCAUUAGGCUCACGAUCCAGAGUGGCUAGCCCACUGGUGAGAGCAGCAUAUGCUUCUUGCUUAGGAAGUCUUGCGACGACUGCGCAAAGAUUUCUUGAUAUGGCGUCGAGUCUUCGUGCUGAUGGCUCAGUCCCGAUCGCAGAUCCAGAGAUCGAACCAGGCGCGGAUGCUAAGGCCAACUUCGAGAGUGUUUUCGAUAAUGCUGGACGACAACUCUUUGAGGUUCUUGAAAGUCAUACCAAGCAGUUGGUGGAAGAUUCGGACAAUUCGGUUCGAAGAGCGUUUUUGGCCUCGGUACCUGACUUGUGCUACUUCUUUGAUGAUCAUUCGAAUGAUGUUCUCCUUACCCACCUUAAUACUUAUCUCAAUGAUCGCGAUUGGACACUCAAAUGUGCAUUCUUCGAUACGAUUGUUGGCAUCGCAACCUUUGUUGGAAGCACGAGCUUGGAGGAGUUUAUGCUACCUCUCAUGAUUCAAGCCUUAACUGACACAGAGGAAAACGUAGUGCAAGCGGCACUUCAUUCUCUUGCUCAGCUGGCUAGGCUGGGCUUACUAUCAAAACCCAAGAUUUGGGAAUUGGUUGACCUCAUCAGCCGAUUUACCAUGCACCCGAAUAUUUGGAUACGGGAGUCGGCGGCAGAGUUCUUGUCCGAGUCAGCGCGCUUCUUGGAACCUGCUGAUGUGAGGUGUACCUUGAUGCCUCUUGUAACGCCGUUCUUGAAAGUGGAGGUCCUGUCUGACUUCCAGUUGCUCAAUAUCCUCGAUGCUCUCAAGAGACCACUAACGCGAAACGUCUUCGAUCAGGCCAUUAAUUGGGCUUUGAAAACUGAGCGUGGCAACUACUGGAAGCCACUGCAGCAGCUGAAGCCCUUGUUGUUUGGCUCUAAGUCAAGCCGAUCUUCUCAGGAUUUGAUUCAAAGCUCCAUGGGACGGGUAGCUCGCAAUGAAGAAGAUGAGCAGUGGUUGGCAAAGCUCAGAAACCUUGGACUGAAACACGAGGACGAGUUAAAGCUCGACGCUAUGAGAGAAUUCAUCUGGCGCCUUAGCAAGAUGAAGGCACGGGAUGCCUCAACUGCAGAUGGCAGCACGUCUAAUGGAGUGAUUUCUCUUAAGAGCUUAGGAGUCACUCCUCAAACUGUGUUCUUUGACGAGACACCCCUUCGCGACCCCAGAGUAGUUGCCAACCUCGAGCGACCAGAAGAACCUUAUACCAUUGCAGACGCCCUUUUGGACGCUUCAAUGACCAUUGAUGACUCGACUGGCGGAAAGAAGAAGGCCAGUAAUAACCGCCGAGUACAAAGUGUUGGACCGCGCCCAUCAGGUCGUCUCCUGUCACCAGCUGCUGUUGGCCGAACACAUGCCAGGACACCAUCAGCGUCACAAGCAGGCCAGACAGAUGACAGACACACUCAAGGAGAGUCAUCAUCUAGAAAUGCCAUCCGCCACCAGGCAAGUGCACUGAGCUUGCUCGACCGCAAAGACAGAAACAAAUCAAUUGCACAGACUGGUACUACCGACACUAAUGCAUUUGGCCAAGUUGAAGGACCCUUUGCUCAAGCCUCAGCAGAACAACUGCCAACUUCCAACGGUAAGGACGGGGACACUGCACGCCGUCAAGUGGCGAAGCAUAGUUACGAUGGGAACGACCCAAGUAUCCAGAGAAUGCUGGACAACAUGUAUGUUGAUAACUUCCCCCGUGAUGUUAUCGAGUUUGGACCUAUUGUCACGCCCAUUAAGAGAAGCAAAGCGAGCCGCGUUAGCGUUCAGCCUGGGGAAGAGCCCUGGAAGCCUGAGGGUCAGCUUGUCGCAACAUUUGCCGAACAUAAGGGUCCCGUCAACAGGGUGCUGCCAUCUCCUGAUCAUGUCUUCUUCAUAACUGGCGGCGAUGACGGCACCGUGAGAGUCUGGGAUACAGCACGACUCGAGCGUAAUAUCACACAUCGUUCCCGCCAGGUCCAUAAACAUGGUGACAACACACGGGUUGUUGCCCUCUGUUUUGUUGAAAACUCACAUUGCUUCGUGAGUUGCGCGUCAGAUGGCAGCGUGCACGUUGUCAAGGUCGACACAGUUUCGAAUAGUGGUGUGAUCAGGUACGGCAAGUUACGUGUUCUACGCGAACAUCAGCUUCCAGAAGGCGAGUUUGCGGUAUGGUGCGAACAUUUCAGGCAAGAAUCAAACUCGGUCCUCAUCAUCGCCACGAAUCGUUCGAGGAUUAUAGGCAUUGACUUGAGAACCAUGGAUCUCCUUUACACACUAGAGAAUCCAGUGCACCAUGGAACACCUACUUGUUUCUGUGUGGAUAGGAAGCGUAACUGGCUUUGUGUGGGCACUUCUCACGGAGUAGUUGACCUUUGGGACUUGCGUUUCAAGAUGCGACUUAAGGGUUGGGGUCUGCCAGGUAAAGGAUCAAUCUACAGAAUUUGCAUACACCCCACCAAGGGCCGUGGUAAAUGGGUAUGCAUCUCGGGAGGAACAGGCCAAGGAGAAGUCACAGUCUGGGAUCUCGAGAAAACGGUCUGCCGAGAAAUCUAUCGGGUUGGAAGCGGCAAAGACGGGCUUAAGGGGUACGAAGCAUGGGACGUGGAUGAAGACAAACGGGAGGGGAUGCUUGGACGAUACGCUACCGAUAUCGAGCCAAGCGAAACAGCAAACGCCGAUCGAGGUGUUCGCGCUAUGGUUGUUGGCACUGCAACUGUGGACGAUUCUAGAGACGUUAGACACGCGUUCAUUGUCACGGGUGGUUCAGACAAACGACUGCGGUUCUGGGACCUCUCACGAAUGGAGAGCUCCUUCAUCUACAGCGGACUCACACCAGAACAAGCCAAGCCAACUUAUACAACAUCACACCCCUCGACGGCGCUGACACUAAAUAUGGAGCGAUUUCCUAGACAAGCACCGACAGCUCCUAAUGCGGGCUCUGGAUCUAAAGCGAAAUCCUCCAGUGCGCGACCGCCGAGAUCGACAGUUAUUUCCCUUCAACAGCAACAGUUGCUGCAGUCACAUAUGGAUGCUAUCUUAGACGUGGCGUUGCUGGAGUCUCCCUACACCAUGAGCGUUUCGGUGGAUCGAAUGGGAGUUGUGUUUGUGUUUCAGUAG